AUGAUAAAUUGACAGCUGUGUUUUGUCUUUGUGCUUAACGUACAACAUUGUUAUGUUGUUUACACCUCCAGCUCGCUAGAAAAAAUUAUUUCAAAAUGACUAGACCAUUCGGUAAUAGUGACAAACGAUUUUCAAUCGACGACGCCUUCGAAGAAGAGACAGAUGAAGCAAUAAAAGUAUACGGCGCAACGGGUGAUAGAUCACCUUUGCAAAAUAAAUUUAAGAACGGAGGCGAUUAUCUAUCUAAUAAAUCAUACAAAUGUACAGAAGACACAACAUCAAGGGACUCAGAUUCUCUCAUUCACGAAUAUGUCGAAGCGACACAAUCUCUCUACUGUUGGAAUCAUCCCAAAGUAAGAGAAAAUUGGAAGACCGUCUGUGCAGCUGUCAUACUCCUGCUAGUUGGAGUUGGACUCCUUGGCAUGGGCGCGUUCGCUGUCGCCGAACCCGAAAACGGCUUACAGGGUGCAGUUUUCUUUGUAGCUGGAUUGAUAUGCUUCGUACCAGGAGCUUACCACGUCGUCUACAUUUGGCUCGCCGCUCGAGGACAACGAGGUUACGAUUUUUACCACCUACCUUUAUUCACUUGAGUUACAUGGGCUUUUAAAACUUUGGCAUUAAGUUUAAUUUUAAGCUUAGGAAAUCUCCAAUUGGUGUGAUAAAUUACUGAAAUGAAUUAAUGAACUGUUUGCUCUCUAAACAUUCAGCUGCCUAAAUUAGUUUUUGUUUUUUAUUUCCAAAAAAUAAAUACAAUAUUCUAAAGUUGUCAACAUUAUUUUUACCAUAUAAAUGUGAAUCAUUUUAUCCUAUCUUCUUCGAUAGGAUAAAACUAUUCAUUGAUUUAUGUCUAUAAAUAAAUAAAAUUUUAAUUUUUCAUCGGCUGAAAUAUAAUACUAUACUAGGAACUGAUUUGAUAAAUUUAUUGAGAAGCUCUAAUUUAUAGCUUCUCAGUAACUUAUUAUCUUUAAAAUUUAGAGUAAUUUUAAAAUAAAUUUCCUGUAAAAGAUUGAAACUUAAAUUAUAAUCUCAUUUAGGACCAGUUCCUCCAGUUGUGGAUAAAGUUUAUCCUGCAAAUAGGUUACGAAUAGACUCUAACAGCAGUAGGUAAAAUAGGCCAAUAUAUUGGGACUUCUUUUGCCUUAAUUAACAAAUCAUAACUUUUUAAUUCAUAUUUGCAACUAGAAAUAUCACAUAAGUGAAUUAUAUAAGUGAAAUUUGAUGGUAAAAAAGAAUAAUAUAUGAAAAAAACUUUUAUCUUUCGGAUAAAAUAAUCCAUCAAAUAGCAUUAUCCACAACUGGCGAAACAGGUCCUUAAUAUCAUAAAAAUUUCAAAUAAUUUAUAAUUAAUUUGAUACAAAAAAUUUUAAAUUUGUACAAAAAUAAUAUUUAAUAGUAUUUGAAAAAUUAUUUCCAAUCUAUCAAGUGCCUACUUAUAUUUGUAGAUAUUAAUCAAAUAAUUUGCUUACUAAAAAAUACAAUUUAGGCAACUGGCAUAAUAUUCAAUUAGGUUUAUAAUAAUAAAUAAAUAAUAUGUAAUUUAGGUUUUAGUUUUCUGUGGAAGUCAUUGUGUAUUUUAUAUAAAAAAAAAUUGUUCCUAAUAAUUUUUUGUACAUCAAUAACAUCAUCAAAGUAUUUACAGAUAUUUUGUUAUAUUUUAUUCAAUAUAAAUAAAUUCUAAUCAUGGUUAUAUAAUGACACUAAAUAUGAAUUGAUAAAAGAACAGCAUUCUUAUCAAUGGAAUGAUAGUGAAUAUUAUAAAUAAAUAAAGCAUAACUGAUAAGCUGUU